AUGGCUUCUCAAAAGCAGGAAGACACACGUAGUGUGUCUGAAUCCUCCGGCUUCCUUCCUCUUGGGCGACGCAGCUCUCGCGGCUCCAUGGCGACGACCCAAACCGAACGAGAGUCGAUAAAUGCGACGUUGGAUCACUAUCACAACACGGCUUAUCAGUCUGACACACUGACCUUGUUCAACGAGUUCACGAGUCCACCUGCACCCGCCCCUGCAUCUGACGAGAAAGGACUGUCCGAGGAACUACAAGGCGGUCUCAGCGGGCUCUACAGUCGAUUUCGAACGUCCGUUGGUGGGGUGAGAGAUAUUGUCAGUGGUAGUGGCAAGGCCACAGACAAGGGUGCGACUGAAACCCCCGCAGCCCGGACUCCUGUGUCGGAUCGUUCGAUGGUCAAAUCUGUCUCAGAUCAAGCCACCACCUCGGCUGAUUACCCACCGUCACAGCCCAACUCGUCGCAAGGGUCAAGACUCCACUCGCCCGUUGUGUCGCAUUUUCAACCCCACCAAGAACCAGCACUACCGUCAAAUUUAGGAAAAAGGUCCAGAAUAUCUUCAAAGAGUGGCAGCAUAUCUUCCAAAACUUCCGUGUCCCCGUCCCCCGGCCUUAAGUCUAGCAUAGCGCCGCUAACGAAGGCCAGCGGUGGUUCCAUCGCAGUGGACCCUGCAGUCACCCAGCUACAUGUCAAUGUCGUUGGAAAUGCAGAACGUUCCAGUAACAAUUCUGUGAAUGUGCCGUUCCAAACAACACAUAAUGCAGAUACGACAAGUAUCGGCAGCAGGGAGGGGGCCGUGGAUCUCUCUAUGAGCCAGACAUCCUCGCUUCUCAGCCAGAAUCUUUCUGGGUCGCCAGUUCUAUCUGCGAAGCGACAUGACAGUUACCAUGAGGAUCAGGGAUCAUCCAAUCCAAAGGAAUUGGGUUUCUCGGCAUCUCGCGCGCCAGAAAGUCGGUCUCGGGGGUCGACCUCCGUGACGGAUCAACAAAGACAGUCUGAAAGCGCGUCUCAGUCAAUUGGUACACGGAAUUUCACGCAAACCGAGCCGGCGCAGGGCCAUAUAUCCCAACAACCAAGGGAGAGAUCAAGCUCACGGACAUCUUUCCGCUAUGACGAUCCUAAAGGAUCAAUUUCAACAUUAAAUAGUCUUUCGGGACUUUCAUCUCACGACGAAGACCCCGAUCGUAUUGAUCAAUCUGCAGUAAAUGCAGCUGCGCCUCGCGAGGACGACAAAGCCAAAGAACCACUGAGAACUUCAGCUUCCGAACGAUCCAACGAGAAGCCAAAUGCGGCAACUCGGACAGGACGACUGCCUGGCUACAUGAUGUCACGAACUUCCACUGCUGAGACCACUACCACAGUCUCCUCCUUGCCCCCUUUAAACACUGCAGUCGGGAGGGCUGAUGGUCAAUCUCUACAGGCCAAGCGCCGACCACCACCUGGAGACAGCGGUGUUGUAUCGGAGCUGCGAAAUAGAUUGCUUAGCAGGGAUUUCUGGAUGCGUGAUGAGAACGCCAAGGAUUGCUUUCAUUGCGGAGAGCCUUUCACGACGUUUCGCAGAAAACAUCAUUGUCGGACGUGUGGUCAAAUUUUUGAUUCGAAAUGUACACUUCUCAUCUCAGGAGUAAGGUUUGGACAGCAAGGUAGUAUUCGAGUUUGCAACCCCUGCGAGAAGAUGAUCAAUGCCCACGACAAUGACUCUUCGGACUUCUCCGAUAGCGAGCAAAGCCCCGUUAUCGCUAAUCCUCGAGUCUCUGAACUCAGCUGGGGAAACAGUGGACGCCCAUCUUUCGAUGACGAUGAUUCAUCCUCCGUUGUGUCACAGUCAAUUGACCACAUCUUGAGAACUCCAACCAUGGCUAUACCGGCCACACGACGGGCAGGAGAAGGCCACAAUCGUCGCUCGGCCGUGCUUGAGAUCAACUCCGAUCGCCCUUUAGCACGACCUACCUCGUCACGCUCACUGCGCUCAUCACUUGGUGGAAGGCCACAUUCCAUCAGCCACAAGCGUCAUCACUCUCGUCAGCAAUACAUUCGGGGGUAUAAACCAUACCAUGAAGAUCGAGCUCCCUUCCAACGUCGACAUGCAGAUGACUUGGAUCCUGAAUCCCGGUUGCCUGCGUUCCAUAAAGACAACAUCAUCGAUCCUGAUCUUGCGCAAUAUCUCUCUGACGACGCAUCGAGCGGUGAUGAACAACCAAGUCUCUUGUCUGCAGUUUCCGAAGGCGCAUUGUCCAAGAGUGGUGGUGAAAAUGAAAGAGCAUCGCUUGGCGGAAUUCUCGCAGCCAUGAAGAAAGGCAGAUCUGCAUUUGGAGAACGUAAUACGCUCAGUGUCAAUCGAGAUGGAGACGAUGCAAGUCUCACCAGCUCAAAGGCCGUCAAUCUUCCCCGGUUCUCUCGCCGCCGCAAUCUUAGUGUCGCUAGCAGUGUACACCCUCGCCAGUCACCUAGAGCUUCGAAGGACAGCAUGUUUCUCCAUGACAUCUCGGUGCCAGCCAUUUCUUUGCCCACGGGUCCAAGGGAGGCUGGUUUUAAAAUGACACGCAGUUCAUCAAUGAGGGGAACCGACGCCCCACCGGUUGAGCUGAAUAGAGCCAGCUUGGAACAUGUUCGGAAGCUUCUUCAUCAGCUGCUCGUGGAAUCCGCGGUGCCAAACGGAGCAGGCUGGGAGAACGCCCUUAUGCCAAUACUAUUGAAAGCUGCCGACGAAGUGGAUCCGAAUGUCCAGCAUGGCGACGACAUGGAUAUCCGCCACUACGUGAAACUGAAGAAAAUUCCAGGUGGUCGUCUUGGUGAUACUUCUUACGUAUCGGGUCUUGUUUUCACAAAGAAUCUGGCUCUGAAGGGCAUGUCCAGAAAUAUCUUACGCCCAAACAUUCUGAUCAUCACGUUCCCUCUGGAGUACGCACGGCAGCAACAUCAUUUCAUGAGUCUUGAGCCCGUGAUUCGACAAGAGCGUGAGUUUCUAGAAAAUUUGGUCAGUCGAAUAUCGGCCUUGCGUCCCAACCUACUCCUAGUUGAGAAGAAUGUUUCCGGUCUGGCUCUUGGCCUUCUGCAGCAGGCUGGAAUUGCAACUGCUUACAACGUGAAGCCCUCUGUCCUUGAGGCUGUUUCGAGAUGUACACAAACCAGAAUCGUGACAUCUAUGGACAAGCUGUUAACAACCACCCUGCAUAGUGAAUGCAGUAGUUUUGAUGUGAAGACUUACGUUCACUCUGGGCGGAAGAAGACCUAUAUGUACAUCUCGGGUUGUCCGAAAGAGCUGGGGUGUACCAUUGUCCUGCGUGGUGGCGACAAUGAAGUCCUUGACAAAGUGAAAAAAAUCACCGAGUUCAUGAUCUAUGUUGUUUACAACCUUCGCCUGGAAACAUGUGUCAUGCGGGAUGAGUUCGCAAAGAUACCAACCUCUCCGACAGAGACAACCCUGGUUGUCCACGAAAAGGACAUGAAAGGAAAUCCACAAAUCAUUGUCCAUGAAGGCGACCCUCGCCCGACAGAAUCCAAUGCUGCUCCAUCGGAGAAAGAUGAGAAAGAUGAGAAAGUGGUCGAUGGCUCUGAUAGCCAGCUCCUCGUGACUGCCGAUACCCCGGAAGUUCCAGAUGAUGUCCCGAUGCCAACAUACUACGACGAUAUGGUUCGGGAUCACCAAACUAAGAUUCUUUCUGCUUCUCCCUUCGUCAAGUUCGAGCCUCCGUAUCUUUUGAUGCGUGCGCGAGAAAUGGAGCGUAGAUUGGCUUAUUUGAAACGUCUUCGAGGACAAGACGACAACUCCGAUGAAAUCGCAGAUGAGAAAGCCAGGCCCCAGAAGUUCGUCCUCAUCACGCCAGAAAUGGCCCAUCAAUCGCCACAAGAUGCGCCGACAAAGGUUAAGGAAGUCCUACGUGCUGCUCAUGAAGCCGAAUAUGACCGAGCAUUCUACCACUAUCAAACUCAAAAGCGCCAGUGGGAGGCCUAUGUGUCGGGCAACACAAGCAUGUUCGAUCCUUAUGCACACCAAAAUAUUGUUAUUCUCUACAGCCUUGUCUGCACCACAACAUCAAUUCCAUGCUCUGGGCCGGAUCUUUUUGCUCUUGAAUUUUACAACGAGCAUGGAGACGACACGAUUGUUGAGUCGGACCUUGCCCUGGGACAAUACGUCGAAGACCUUUGUCAGUCGGCGAACUCUCCGUGUGAUGUCAACGGCUGCGAAAAGCGCAUGUUUGAGCAUCACCGCCAGUAUGUUCAUGGGGAUGCUCAAGUCAGCGUCUUGGUCCAACCCCAUCCUUCUAAGCUCCGUGGGCUUCAGGAUGUCGUGCUUAUGUGGAGCUGUUGCAAAAUUUGCGGCAACGAAACUCAAGUCACGCCUAUGUCUGAAAGUACUUGGAAAUAUUCUUUCGGAAAAUACUUGGAAUUAUCCUUCUGGGGUCGAAAUUUGCAUGCUCGCGCAGGGGUGUGUCCCCACGACCUGCAGCGAGAUCAUCUACGCUACUUUGGGUUUAAAGAUGUUGCUUUGCGAGUUCAGUACGACCCCAUCCGUCUGCUUGAGAUUAUAGUGCCACGGCCUCGUGUCACCUGGAAGGUAGACAAUGACCUGAAGUUGAGAAACAAGGUAUACCUGCGAACCGAGCAACGUCUCGAAAAGUUUAUGGCCUCUGUUCAAGCUCGUUUGAAAGGUAUCAACGUCGAGAGUGUGGUCCCUGGGCUACUGGACAGAUGCAACCAAGAAAUUGAUUUCUUGAUCAAAAAGGGACACGAUGACCAUAUCUCUUUGGUUCGACAGUUGCAAGACGCAUACACAAAUUCCCGUUACUGGGAGAUCAUCCCGUUGAAUGAAGUCCUUCGUGCCACUCAAGAAAAGGUUGUUGAAUGGGACACAACGUUUUCCGAUUUCGAGAAAAACUUCUUCCCAUCUGAAAAGGAUAUCAAGCACAUGGCCACGCUACAGCUCAAAAAGAUUUUCCUCGACAAAGAUGCUUCCAUGAUGCCAGAAGAUGCCCUUCAGACACCCAACGACAUGGAGGAUGAAAACAAUCAGGCAGGCGAUAGACCCCGAGUGAUGCGCCGUAUGACACUUUCUCCAGAGAAGGCACAGAAUGUUUUAGUCUCCGUCGUUGAGGAGCAUGCCGGCAAAAAGCAUCGCGAAGAGUCUCCUUCCCCUCCAACUUCAACCGAGGAAGCGGUCCUGCCUGUGGAUCCUGUGGAUGAAAAGAGAUCUUCCCCCCAAGACGAGGCUGUCUCUCAAGAAGAAGUCCGUCAUCUCGACUUGGCAGUGCCUGCUGGUCAAUCGGAGCGAGGCUCUGUCGAUACGGCGGGUAUUUCGAAUCAAUCGCCGGUCAACACUGCUCCUUCGGCGACAACACCUCCUGCUAGCAGCACAUCAAAACACACGGCUCCUCAAGCCCUAGGUGUGCCUGAACAAGGAGACGCCAUUGAAAAGGAGGAAGAUGGAGUCACUGAGUUGCCAAACACUCCUGUGCGACGGUCUUCAGCAAUCCCUAGACCUACCGAGGCGGCGUUUCGACGCAAUGGUAAGAUGCGAUCUCCUCCGCUUAUGCGCGCUCAAUCUCAGCCGGUCAAUGUGCCACGAAUCAAUAACAGUACUCCUCUUCCUGGGUUAAGAAUGGCCCUAACCAAUGCGAUUGAGCCAGAAAAGAAUCCAGUUGUAUCUCCAACGAAGUCUUCGGACAAGAAGUUGACAGAUCGAUUGGGACUGAGUUCUUUAAAGAAUGCUCGAUUCGCUUCUGGCCAUUCGCUCAUUCCACGGUCUGCUCCAAGUAAAAAGGGCAUAUCUCGGGUCUCAAACCUUGCUAGGCACUUUGAGCAAAUGAGUCGCGAAUUUGAAAAGGAGAGACAGCGUGAGAGACGCCAGCGAGCUGCGAAGGGCACUCAUUCACGAGCCUUCCCUCUGGCUUCUUCGAAGCCUAUUGUGGAAGUUUACCGCAACGUGAGGGAGGCUGUUGAAGAGCGUGAGCCACACGCUGAUAGUGACGAAUCACUACCACCGGCCCCAUUGAUCCCGACGGAUGACCUCAAUCGCAAGAGCGAUGAGCUUGUUCGCGAACCAACAAACGAGGAGCCCUCUCUGUCAAGGUCAUCGCCCCUUGAGCCUGGGAAUGCAGAAGAGGCGCCUCGUCAAGAAACACAACUGCCGUCUGACGGAGAGCCAGAUGAGCAUCAUAGUGACGAUGAUCACAACGCAGCUGAUGGGCUUCAUCCGGUGGAUUCUCACGAGGAGGUCAAGAACCCGACAGAAGACGACUCAGCUGAUUACAAAGAACUUCCAAAGCACGAACGCACAACUCUCUUGAAGAUGCUGACGAACUUCUGGUCUGAACGCUCUGCGAGUGGAUGGACACCUCUUGAAUACCCCCUCAGUGUUAUGGAUCAUGUCUUCGCCGAUUGCGACAUCAUCGUUCGUGAGGACGAACCAAGCUCCUUAGUAGCCUUUGCUUUGGACUCUUCCGAUUACAAAGAAAAGCUUUCCAGCAUCCAGCAACGGUACGAUGAGAUGGAGGACAAUGGAUCAGAGUAUGGCAAUGACCCCGAGGCUCUCAAGGAAGCGCAGGUCGAACAUGCACUCUUGCGCCCCACGGGAACACACCUGAAGUAUCAAUUCCAAGAGGGCCAGGCCAAGAUGCUGUGCAAGGUAUUCUAUGCCGAGCAGUUUGAUGCCUUGCGGAAAAAAUGCGGUGUGGCAGAUCGAAUUGUUGAGUCUCUGUCUCGAUGCGCCAAGUGGGAUUCAAAGGGCGGCAAGACGAAAUCCCUAUUCUUGAAGACGCUUGACGAUCGCUUCAUCCUCAAAUCACUGUCCACGAUUGAAACACAGGCCUUUCUCAAGUUCGCUCCAGCCUAUUUCCAGAUCAUGUCUGAGGCUUUGUUCCACGAACUGCCAUCGGCAAUCGCCAAAAUGUUCGGCUUCUAUCAAGUCAUCAUCAAGAACCCGGUCACGGGCACAGAGUUCAAUUGGUUUUUGUUGCUCAUGGAGAACCUGUUUUAUGACCGGGCGCCCACCCGGAUCUUCGAUCUCAAGGGAUCGAUGAGGAACCGCAAGGUUCAGAGCACAGGUGAACGAGAUGAGGUCCUCCUGGACGAGAACAUGGUGGAUUUCAUCUAUGAGACACCACUGUUUUCUCGUGAGCAUUCGAAGAAACUUCUCGCUCAGAGCGUGUGGAACGACACCCUCUUCCUGGGCCGCCAGGAUGUGAUGGACUACUCUCUCAUGGUCGCCAUUGAUGAAAGUCGUGACGAACUUGUGGUAGGCAUUAUUGAUUGUAUUCGCACCUACACCUGGGACAAGAAACUUGAAUCCUGGAUCAAGGACAAAGGGUUUGGUGGCGGUGGCCGCAAUCGCCCUACAGUGACCAGCCCGAGAGAAUACAAGGGUCGGUUCCGCGAAGCAAUGGCUAGAUAUGUGCUUCAAGCUCCAAGCUGCUGGCAUCAAAUCCAACCAACCUUGCAAUAUCGCCCUGACCACCAGGGCUUUGAACUUGAGGCUGUUGAUGGGAUUGGCUCUUUUGAGGACACUGGUUACUAG